CCAUCCGAUCGGGUGAAUUUACCGGGCAGUGUUGCCGAAAGCGGCGAAAGUGAAUGUCUGCCGUGGUAUUUUGGCUUUCACCUGCGAAUUUUGGUGUUAAAUAUUGUUUGCACAGCUUAUGACAAAUCUCUGUUCACAUACGGAGCCUGUCAACUCCAUCUAGAAGCAAUAUUUUAUCGAAAGAGUAUUAAGACAGCAGGCAGCCGUCAAGCUAAGCUGGACAUACUGCGGAAGUGAGACGGGCUUUCGGGAAGAAAGUGAACUAAUAAAAUCACUCCCAAAUGAGUUGGUCACCGUUGGGUAUAGUUGCUGCAGCGGCUGGUGGAGUUGCUGCUGUUGCUGCCGCUCCUGUCAUACUGGGAGCAGCAGGCUUUACAGCAGCUGGUAUUUCUGCUGGUUCAAUUGGAGCAAGUUUGAUGUCCGCUUCUGCAACUCUUAGUGGAGGUGGGGUUGCCGCAGGAGGUGUGGUUGCCACUCUUCAGUCUGUCGGCGCUGCAGGAUUGGGUGCAGCUGGAACUACUGCUGUGGGAAGUGCUGGAGCAGCCAUUGGUGUUGCUACCAAGAAAAUUUUAUUCAAUUAAGGAAGAAACAAA